AUGUCUGUAGAAAGUCAAAGUGAACCUAAAAGCAGAGCUUUUCGGCGGAAAACAAAGGAGUGCAUUGCAAACACAUUCAGCAUGGAUUUUGUAAGGAGAAUAUUACCAAUAAUAAGUUGGCUGCCGAAGUAUAAACCAGAGUACUUCCUGCAUGAUAUCUUCGCCGGCAUUACUGUGGGGCUGGCGGCCAUACCUCAAGGAAUUGCCUACGCCGUCAUCGCUGGUUUACCUGCUGAAUAUGGAUUAUACGCGUCGCUAACAUCAGGAGUCAUUUAUAUGGUGUUUGGAACCUGCUACAAUGUUACAGUCGGACCGACGGCGAUCCUAGCGGUUAUGGUGGCAAGACAAGUUACCAACUACUCUGCUGAUUUCGCCAUCCUCAUCGCUUUCCUAUCAGGAAUAUGCGUAUUCAUCAUGGCACUUUUUAGGCUAAAUUUCCAAGUCGAUUUCAUAUCCAUGCCAGUAAUAAAUGGCUUCAAAAUGGCAGCCGCUCUCCAGAUUGCAGCGGGUCAGUUAAAAUAUUUCUUUGGAUUAGAAGGUUCAUCAGGAGACUCUUUAGUCCAAUCAAUACAAAAUUUAUAUACAAACAUAACUACAGUGCAACUUUGGGAAACAGUACUCAGCUCCGGAACCAUACUUAUGCUGAUUUUGCUGCAAAAAAUAGGACAAUGUUGCACAAGAAACGAUGGAUUUGUUAAACAAAAGAGGUGGUUUAUAUUCACGUUAAGCAAUGCUGCUGUCGUAGCCAUUGGCAUGGUUAUUGCUUACAUUGUCAAAGUCUCAACGGACUCUGAACACUUGGCAGUUAUCGGUGACAUAGGUAGCGGCUUGCCGAAAUUCAGCUGGCCACCAUUCAGCACUUUAGUCGGCGAUGAAGUAUAUGGUUUUAGAGAUAUGUUUUCGAUAAUAGGAAUGCAGUCUAUUGUAUUACUAUUCAUGACUAUUUUCGAAACUGUUGCUGUUGCGAAAGCCUUUACUGCUAAUGUGAAGAUUGACACCACACAAGAGUUGAUUGCUGUCAGCAUUUGCAACGUAAUUGGAUCAUUUGGACAAAGUAUGCCCAUCACUAGCUCAUUUACGGGUACCGCGUUGAACGAUGCUUCUGGUGUUAAAAGUCCGAUCGGUGGAGCAACCAAGGUAUUAUUAAUAGCUGUUUCUCUGACUUGCUUAACUUCGUCAUUAUAUUAUAUUCCAAAAGCUUCAUUAGCCGGUGUAAUUAUUACUGAAAUGUUUAUCAUGAUUGACUAUGGAUUAUUUGCUAAACUGUGGAGAAAUAGUCGAAGGGAGUUCUUUAUAUUAGUAGGCACUGUGGUGGGUUGUUUGACCACCGGUUUGCAGUACGGACUUUUAAUGGGCAUGGUCCAAGAAGCUUUGCUGAUAUUAGUGUAUGCCGCGAGACCCAAAAUAGAAGUAAAUAAAAUCGAGUGCGAUAAAGGUGACGUGACUGUGGUCUCCUUGAGUGACAAAUUAUUGUACUGCGCUGUUGAACAUGUUCGACAAAAAGUUAUAACAGCUUCAUCCAAUGAAAUUCCUGUAGUAGUCGAUGGUAGCAAUAUAACUAAGUUCGAUUUUACAGCAGCGUUUAACUUGAUGGCUAUUGUAAGAGACUUGGAUACAACUCACCAAAUCGUGCUAUUCAAUUUCACCGAUGAAUUAAAAAAAAUAUGUUUAGAUAUUGAGUCACGAUACGCAAACAAGUUUGUGUCCGCCGAGAGCUAUAACGAAAUAAUUGAUGCUUUACCAAAAGACGUUUGA